AACACAUGACCAUCAGAUUAUAUAGGAUAACUUAUGGGUGCAUCUCAAUCAGCUCCCUAGUUCAGUAGUCAGGUUACUGAUCAGGACAUUGGCCAAAUGCAAAAUCUUUCCAGUGCCCUAAAAAAUCCCACAAUGCACCGUAAAAACCAGAGAGCAUUGUUGCUCACUAUGUUCCCUUACCAGAAACAUCGUGAGGACUUCUGAGGUGUCUCAAGUCGUUAUCUUUCAUAAUAACAAUGUACGUUUGAAUAUCUUCAAUGAAAAUGAAGGAUAAUGUCAUUUAUACAGUGAUGGUGCUGCUUAAUAUCAGCUGGGCUUGAAUGCAGGAACUCGUUACCGUGUUGCAGGUAAUUGAGCCAAAUGUUCAGGGGAUGAACACCCAUGCCAACCUGAAUUCGUUUUUAACGACAUACUGAUUCAUGACAUGGGAAGCUGAUUGAGACAUACCCUAUUUUUAGAAAUAAAAAUUGUCAUCAUUACUCAUGUCGUCCCAAACCCAUAUGACUCUAUAUUCAGACUUGACUUGUACGUCAGUGAUCGCAAAUGGCACAGAUUUCAACACGGCCAGCACGUGCUACACCACCCAGCCCCUGGCUCUCUGACGUCCUUCGUGAACAUCGGACUGACCUCAGGGCAGCUGAGAGGAGAUGGUGGAAAUCUAAAGAUCCAGCAGAUCUAAGAAAGUAUCAGUCUCUGUUUGCAACUUUUUCAGAUAACGUUAAAUCUGCAAAAACAUGCUAUUACCAGAACAAGACCAACAGCACCACAAACACUCGCAGCUUGUUUAGAACAUUCAACACACUUCUCUGCCCUCCCCCUCCACCACCAGACACAUCACUGACAGCAGAUGUCUUCACCACAUUUUUUACUAAUAAGGUUACAACCAUCAGCAAUACAUUCUCAGCACCACACCAUGUCAAACACCUGUCUCCUGUAUGCAACUCUUCUGUCUCUAUGUUCUCUCCUCUGACUGACACUGAGGUCUCUAAACUCCUCCUCUCCAACCACCCCACCACCUGUUCCCUUGACCCCAUUCCUUCCCACCUUCUCCAAGCCAUUUCUCCGUCCAUCCUACCUGCACUCACACACAUAAUUAACACAUCUCUACUUACAGGCACUUUUCCCACUACAUUUAAGCAGGCUCGAGCAACCCCGCUGCUGAAAAAACCCGCACUUAAUCCCACACAAAUAGAACACUACAGACCAGUCUCUCUCAUACCAUUCAUGGCAAAAACACUUGAAAUGGCAGUUUUCAAUCAAAUCUCUGCCUAUGUCUCGCAGAACAAGCUAAUGGAUGACAAUUAGUCAAGCUUCAAAAGUGGACACUCCACCGAGACCGCCCUGCUUUCUGUCACUGAGUCGCUGAGACGGGCGAAAGCUGAAUCCAGAUCAUCAUUCCUGAUUCUGCUGGACCUUUCUGCAGCCUUUGACACAGUCAACCAUCAGAUCUUACUCUCCACCCUUUCCUCGCUGGGCAUCACAGGAACUGUGCUUGACUGGUUUAAUUCCUAUCUCUCAGGUAGGUCCUUCAAGGUAGCCUGGAGAGGUGAGGUAUCCAAGCCACAUCAGCUACUUACUGGGGUACCUCAGGGCUCAGUGCUUGGGCCACUUCUCUUCUCUAUAUACACAACAUCACAGGGACCCAUCAUUCAGGUACAUGGUUUCUCUUACCACUGCUACAGUGAUGACACACAGCUCUACUUGUCUUUCCAGCCCAACGACACCACAGUGACUGCUCGAAUUUCUGCCUGCCUGGCAGACAUCUCAGCCUGGAUGAAGGAACACCACCUGCAACUCAACCCAGCCAAGACUGAACUCCUUAUCUUUCCAGCCAACCCUGCUGUUGAACAAACAUCACCGUGCAGCUGGGUGCAACUACAGUAAUGCCUUCCAAAUCAGUCAGAAAUCUAUGGGUAACCAUCGACAACAGACUAAAUUUCACAGACCACAUCUCAAAGACCGCAAGAUCAUGUAGAUUUACACUCUACAAUAUCAGGAAGAUAAGACCCUUCCUCUCUGAACAUGCCACACAACUGCUUGUUCAGUCACU